UACUUUCCUGAGAUUGACUCCAAUGACCCUUCUCCUUAUUCUGGCCUUUGGACAACUGUUUUUAUGCUACUCAGUUUGGUGGAAAUACAACUCGCAAAAAUAGACACCACUGGAGAAGUUUGUUACAUUCCCAUCCCCACUGCUGAAGACCCUAUCAAUGAUAACAGGAGUGUUGGAGAUUGAUGAAAUCAAAAUCAAA